AUGCGCGACAUGCCUUCCAAAUUCAUCGAAAUCCUUGACCCCAACGACACUCACCCACGCAUUUCAGAAUGCGACGUCCGUCUAGAAGAUGUCCUGGCCGACCAUGAAGCCUUCGUCACCCGCCCGCGCUCCUCCACCCAGUCCUCCUCGAAGCCCAGUCUAGAUCGCGAAAACCCCACAUCACCCCGUUGGAAACGACUGAGCACCAUGCUCGUUCCAGCGGUGAGGCGGGGCUCCACGUGA